CAAAAUGGCGCCGGCGUGUUUCCGCGAGUCGGACGUGCCGCCGCCGCGCCGCCGAUUCGCUCGGUUGUGUCUCGUUCGGUGACGACGGUUGACAGUCGGCUCCGGCGGCAGCGUCGAUACUGUGUGUGUGCUCUGUGGGGGCCCCUCGGGCCUGUGAUGUGUGUCGUGAUGGCUGACGCGGACGAAGCGAUCAUCGGCCAGCUACGUCAGGUGUUUGAUUUGUGCGACGAAGAGCGAUGUGGAUACAUUACCUCGGACAAGCUGAGACAGCUCGGCCGCGAACACUUCGCCGGCAGCGAACAGGCCCUGAUGCAGCUGGUGCAGUGCCUGGACCCUGGACAGCGGGGGCUCAUCUCCUUCAAGGACUUUGCCGCAGGGGUCAUGGCGCUGCUCGGAGCUAACACCGGAAACACCGUCGAGGUGGACGGCAUCUCCCGGAAGAACGGCUUCUACUGCUCAGACGCUUCCUCCGGCAGCGGAGGCGGCGGCGUGGACGAGGCGUACAUGACUUCGUCGCAGCGCGCCGACAGCCCGACGGACAGCGCACUGCCGCCCAGCGACCGCUGCUCGCCCGUCAACCACAAGGGCGGCGGGAGCAGCGGCAGUCCCAGCUACAGCGACGCCGAGGAGACCUUCGAGUGCGACGUCGAAGAGGAGGACUACGGCGUCAUGGACGUCGGCAAGACGCCGCUCAGCUCGGACAGCUUCCGUAGCACGAGCAGCAGCGGCGGAAGCACAGGGGGAGGGGGAACCGGAAGUGGACGCCGGCACCUCCCCCAGCGGAACUCCUGGCUAAGGACCAGCCUGCGCCGAUCGGGGUCCGGUCGCAAGUCCAGCCCCGUCCAGAGGCCGAGCGGUCUCCUGGUGUCCGAGUGUCCACGGCGGGGCAGCUUCGAGGCCGAGGACCUCCUACCGCUGGGCGUGUCGUCCGCCAACCACCACCACCAGCACGAGGAAGAGGAGAGGCGGCAGCAGUGCGUCGACGAGCUUGGCGACCAGGUCCACCAGCUCCAGAGCCAGGUGGCGGCGCUCAGCGAGUCCCUGGCCUCCAACGGGGACCUCUACCGGCGUGUCAAGCAGGAGAACGCCACGCUCGUGCACAGGAUCCACAACCUGGAAGAGCAGAUCCGAGAGCUGGAGGUCCGGUCCGAGGAACGCGUCCACGAGGAGGAGAGAAGACUAAAAGAUGCUCUGAGUCGCCAGGAGAGGGAGAGCGCCCUGGAGUUGGAGCGCUGUGGUGCGCAGCUGCGGGCGCUGCAGCAGGAGCAGCGUGCCCUGCAGGAGGAGGCCCUGCGGCUGCGCGCCCUCACCGACCGGCUCAAGGGCGAGAAGGAGCAGGCUCUGGAGCAGCUCGACCAGAGCCAGGCACAGCUGGCACAGCUGCGCGAGGAGCACCAGCGACUGCAGGAGCUGUGCAGGCGUGAGCGCGAGGAGUCCCAGGCACAGCGCAGCUUGCAAGCGCAACUGCUCCAGGAGGUGGGGCGAGAGUUGGAGGAACUGCGACGGCUGCGCACUGACCGGGAUGGAAGGCCGCGUAGCCCGUCCAUGUUGGACAUGCUGCCCGCCAGGUGUGUGGAGCUGCAGAGCCAACUAGAGUCCGUGCGGGAGGAGAACCGUGCUUUACGCGAGGCCAAUGAGGAGCUGCAGGCCCAGCUGCUCUCCUCGCAUGUCCACGAGGGGCAGUGCCUCGUCGCCGGAGGAGGAGGCCACCACGCAAUCGACGGUGCCGCCUCGCUGGCGACGGAGUUCAGCAACCUUGAGGAACUCUCCAAAGACAAGCUGAUCGACACGGUAAAGCACGAGAAAGAGGACAACGUCAGGCUUCGGGCAUACAUCGAUGGAAUCCUGCUGAACAUCAUCGAGAACCACCCGCAGCUGCUUGAAGUGAAGCCCCUUGUCUAAGCACACCUGCCUGCCACACACACACGUGCCGUGUACAAAGACACUCGGUGUUCUCCGUCCUGGUGUGAAUGCAUAGUAAUACACUGCGUGCCUUGGGCCAUGCGAAAGCGGUGCCUCGGGGGUUCCUUUUUUAUGCUCGUACUGUUACGUACGAGAGGUGCACAUCGACUUCUCGGAGACCGCAGUCUUUCACAAGGAACCCACAGUGCUUUUUUUUUAAUUGCUAGGUGUCACAUGCAUUGCAAAUCGCGAACACGGUCUGUGGUUGUCCAGACGGAAUAUUUUGGUUCCGUUCUGAGUGCGGAAAGAAUAUGAAGAUACGCGUGGCACGAAACGUUGUGAAUAUGAGAAGUUUCUUCGGAAUCAACCUCGGGAUCACGCUGCAUCGUCACGCUUCUUUUUUGAUGAUAUUGUCAUCGCACGCUUGUUGCCUUCUUCGCCGGUUAUAAAAAAAAAGAAAAGACAUUGUGAAUGUUAGGAGUGUGUUAAAAGUCAACUGCAGGGGUCACGCUGUGUUGUCACGAUUCUUUGAGCACAUUGUCAUUUCAAGAUUGCUGAGGUUUAUCCUGGUUAUUAAAAAAAAUGGCAGGGAUACUUUGGGAGUGUCAGCCAUUGAACCGAUUGUUUUGGAUUUUAUUAUUUUCAGUUUCAUCCGUUUUAUCUUUGAGGCCUCGCAGCUUUUAAAGAGCGUGGAACAGGUGUGGUACAGUGUUUCUUUAUAAAUUAUCAAUGCAAGUCAAUGUGCUUAUAAAGCAGGGUGUCAGUACAUGAAUGCUAAUGUGAUAAACGGGGAAAAAGUCUGAUAGCACAAUAGAAUGCUCAUAUUCAACGCUGGAACAUCACUUCUGGGAUACCAAUGGCUAUUAAUCAAAAAGCCAAAUAUUUGUUACCAAAUGAAUGCCAGUUAGUUAAUCAGAAGCAUCACUUUUUUAGGUUUCAGACGAAUUCACUGAAAAUUGUGCCUUUAAUCUUGUAGAUACAUUUUGAUGAACAAUGGAUUUGAUGAACAAUGGAUUGUUCUCAGUCCGAAGAAGCUGUGGACAGCUUUUGAAAGCUGCGGCGUGACAAUGAAUUUUGAUAUAUCCUGCUAGAUAGCUGUCCUCUUGGCUGUUCUGGCAGGUCUUGAUUAUGUAAUGCUUUUAAAAAUUUCGAAAUUGUUGUAUAGAGAUUUAAUGAGUGAUGGCAUUCAAGUGGGGCUCAACACGACAUGCUACUCGCCGUUCAGAACAGUGCGACCACACAGAAAUAUAAGCUGCUGCCGAGAGGUUAUUUUAGCCGUUCACAUCAUUUUAAUUUUCUGUCAUCUAUGUGCCUUAUUCUCUUGUUUUCAGUGUAUUUUUUAGUUUAAGUAGAAUUCAUGCAUCUUGGUCACAUUUGGAGCAAAAAAAGAAUCAAACGCUAGACAUGCUCCACGCGCACAUCAGGGCUAUAGAGCCUCUGAAAAUGUUAUGCUCCUGUGGAGCUACGUUGUACAGUUAAGUGAAACCUAAUAAAUUGCCUAGUUUUUGCUGAAA